AGAUGGAGUUGGACACGGAAGAGGUUGGGCCUGGGCCUGUUCUGACCCUUUAUUUUGGAAGGAAGGAAGGGGGGAGGUGGAGGAGGCAGGGUAAAGUUUACUCACGCCGCAUCGACCACCUAGGUUUCCUACAGAGAGAACAGCGCGGCGAGGAUUCCAAUCGAUCGGCGGCGAUGGUCGACGUGGUUGAAUCGAAUCGAUCGAUGAUGGUGGACGUUGUUGAGUCGAAUCGAUCGGCUGCUGCGGAAGAGAAGAGGGAGGCGGAGGCCAAGGCGGCAGAGGUGGCUUUUCGAAGGGAGAGGUGGAGGAAGCAAGGUGAAGUUUACUCACGCAUAGACCACCUAGGGUUUGAAUCGAAUCUAUUGGCUGCUGCGGAAGAGAAGAGGGAGGUGGAGACCAAGGCGGCAGAGGUGGAUUUUGAAGAAGAAGAGGGGGGCGACUCCUUGUACGCCGCCCAGACUAGCAGAUUCAGGGAUACCUGGAUCAGUCUAUAUUCCCGCUACUUCGGUCACUUCGAAGACACGACCAAGAUCCCUAACAUGCGUUUCACGUACAAGAAACCUGAUCUGUAUCAGUCUUGUGCGCCAUCCACUACACUGCAGAUCUUUUCAAUCAAAGUUGCAAGGAUAAGGGGGAGUUUACAGUGGCCGCUCCAUGUGUUUGGCAUGGUUGCCGUACGCGAUGUAGUUGAUCACAAUCGCAAUAUGAUCUUUGACUGCCCGAGAGAAAGCUGCCAAAUCCUUACCCAAGAGGUUCCAUAUUUGAAGCUGACAGGUCCUACGCGUGCUGUUGUAUUGGUGGAUCCUGUGACCUUUGAGGUUGAUCUGAAAGUUAAGGGCACUACCCAAGCUGAGGAUGAAUGUUUGAGCUUUCUAGCAGUACGUCACAUCAACUUUACAUCACUUCAGUCAAAACUCAUUGAAAAUGAUUACGCAAGCAAGCUUAGCACGUUGGAGUUUGAAAUUGGCCACAUCGUUUAUUCGGUUGAGGCAACUAUAUUCGUGAGAGUCAGGACAGGGUCAUGGCCAUCUGGUUUCCGUGCCCAAAUUGCUGCCCGCACAGCCAGCAUAGGCAAGGCAGAAGUCAUCCUACUUGAUUCUGGGGAUGAUAGAGUCCAUGUUGCUUGUGAUGGCAGUAUCAGGCUUUCACGAUGUGUCGCAUCAGUCGAGAUUACUGGAAAGUUGGAGGUUUGUGUGAAGGCCGGCCGAGGUGAGGAAAUUGUCGUGGGCAAGAAAAAGGUAUUCAAGCCUAAGAAGGAUGGUGCAAGCCAUGGCACUCUUGGUGUUGGCUUCUGCACAUUGGAUAUUACUGUUGCUUGGUCCAUUGUUUCAGUAAACAUGUGAAGUUGCUAAUGUAUCUGUUGCUAAUGUAAUUUGGAACGGUGGGAGUAUAUCUUGCAUCUCAAAUCUAUCUAUCUAGAAUAACCAAAACGACAUAUAGUUUGGAACGGUGGGGGUGCUUGUACUUUAUCAUUUCAAAUUAUUUUACUUUCUGUCAUGUAUAUUGCCAUGCUGAAUUUACACACACAUAUAACAUUGUGUUGGCAGCAGCUGUAUCAUGUGCUCUCUCCUAGCUGGCAAUAUGAAUUCUGUUCACUUUUA